AUGUCUCAACUAAAACGAUUAAUAAUACUUGAUCUUAAUGGUCUUCUUGUUCAUCGUCUUUAUAAAGAUGAAUAUGUGAAAUGCAAACGUUUAUUAACUGAACAAUAUGAGAGUAAUUAUUUAACUCGUCCUGAACGUAUAGGAAAUUUUGCAGUAUGGUUUCGUCCUAAUGUAAAAGAAUUUCUUGAUUGGUUAAUGGAACAUUUUCAUGUUGCUAUAUGGUCAUCAGUUUUAAAAUUUAAUAUUGAUCCUAUUGUUAAAUAUAUAUUACCUGAUGAACAUGAACGUGAUCGUUUAUUAUUUUGGUGGGAUCAACAAAAUUGUCAUGUUGAAGAUGAUCCAACAGCAACAGAUCCAAAAAAAGCUAGGUCAUUUUAUAAACGUUUAUCAUCUGUUUGGGAAACAGUCGAUAUAAAUGAACGAUGGUUAAUGAAUCAACCAAAAAAUACUGAUUUACGUGAUCAUACAUUAUUAAUUGAUGAUAAUAAAUUAAAAGUACGUGAUAAUCCACAGUAUACAGCUAUACAUCCACGUUCAUGGAAAUUAUUUGAAUUAUAUGAUGAUAAUCAUAAUCUAAAAGUAUAUGAAGAUAAUGUUUUAAAUACAGAUGGUGAAUUAAAAACAUGGUUAGAGGGUUUAUUAAAAUGGAACGGAACGGUUGCUGAAUAUGUUGAACAACAUCCAUAUAAUGAUCCACCUUUAAAAGAAAUGGAAAAGAAAACAGAUGAUUCUUGGGGUUCAGGCUGGUGA